AUGAAGUGUGUCAUUGGGGGCGCUCAUGUCAGAGUGUUUGGAAGGGCUCUGCACGCCAUUGCGAGAAUCAGCGAUGAAUUUUGGAUCGACCCCAAGGAAAACGGACUUUUUUUGAAGACGGUAAAUAGUUCCAGAUCGGCCUAUGCCUGUGUCUUCUUUUCAUCCACAUUCUUCCAAAAUUAUUCCUAUGGAAAUGAACGGAGCCUGAAUGGGGACACUGUUCAACUCGCAUGUAAAUUAAUAAUCAAAGCCAUUCUGCCUUUAUUUCGAUGCUUGCACACCCUGGAAAGAAAUGUGGAAAAGUGCAACAUUUACACAGACGUGAACGAUUGCCAUGUUGUUUUUAAGCUAUUCUGCAAACACGGUGUCGUGAAAACUCAUAGCUUAGCUUUCCAGGAGUGUGAACCUCUUCAAGCUUUGUUUGCAAAACACUUGUGUACCAAUGUAUUGAAAGUCCACUCCAGGCAUCUGUCUGACAUGUUGAUCCACUUUCCGACGUACCAAGAAGAAAUAACUUUAGGUGUAACGCCAAUGAAAGUUUGCUUCAAGACUUAUGCAGAGGAUGAGACGGAAUUUGCAAAGGCAACGCACACGGAGAUUCAUCUGAGCCCUGCUGAAUUUGAAUAUUUUCAAGUCGGAGUAGAUUCAGAGGUCACCUUUUGCCUUAAAGAGCUUCGGGGUCUUCUGGUGUUUGCAGAAGCUCUCAGCACCCCAGUCUCCAUUCACUUUGAUGUAUCUGGAAAGCCCCUCGCCUUCAGCAUUGAGGAUACGGCAAUAGAGGCCCUGUUUGUCUUGGCCACUUUAUCCGACCCCGAAAGCUGCACAACGGCCAGUAAACCAACCUGCCUUGAGCAAAGCCAAAACAGGGGCCCUGCUGCCAGAGGGAGAAGGAAUCAACACAUCGCCAGUUGCAGGAGAAACGCAUCCACAGCUCCCUCGGAGGUCUCUUCCACGGGAGAGGAACCAACACCUGGUCUCAACUAUGAUAAGUUUCAUUCCUUCUUUUUCGGAGCAGUUUCCCCGAAUGAGCAAAGCCAUGGCCAUUUGCUUCACAAUCUGGCAACGGUGAGCGACGCAGAAGAGGAUGGCGCCCAUGGGCAGCUCUCGCCUACGUUUUAACCCCGGGAUGUGCCCGUUGGGGAAGCAGGCAAGCAGCUCAGUUUGGCCUGCAGGGAAAUGCCAUUUUUGCUUACUUUAGGCGUUCGAGUUACCCAAAUGGACGCUCCUGCUUCUUAUUUUACCAACUGUUUUUCUGCCAAAUGUUGUUUUGCCUUCAACCUGUGGAUAUUGUCGUAACUUUGUUCAAAAUCCUUUAGUUAGUUGGAUGGGAUUAAUAAAUAAAUAAACAAACCCUAGGGGGGUGUAUCAUAUUCAGAGGCCUUCCUUCAAUGUGGGAAAACUUGCGAGAGAUCCGUUUAGGAGGGGUUUUUCCCCCCAAAAACCAGAGUUAGUAUAUUACAAUCAACUUUAAAAGCACUGUAGGAUCCUGUUAUCUCUCGUACCUCAGCAACCAGAUGGAAAGUUUUGGAAGCGUGUUCAGAGCCAUUCGGUCGUCAAGAUGCACCCGGCAGUUUUAGCCUUUCUCAAGCUGGCAGUUACCCACGGCAACCUAACAAAAGGCCAUUAAUCACACCCUAUGGCUGCUGCCAGGGCUCCUUCUUUAAGAAGAAUGAGAAGGGAGGCUGCUCUUGAAAGCAAACUGAAACCAGGGAGAGAAAAGGGAGAACAAUUUCUCUAGCAGCAGAGCGCUUAUUAAA